UCCUGUCUUUUCCCGUAGCCCAGCCCCUAUCAGCUGACUACUGUCAGGCGGUAGUUGCGGAAGAUUGAUCUUGUCCGUUUUAGUAGGUUAUUUGUAUCUACUUUAGGUACGUCUCUUUUUUUCGAUCAAGCCCAACGGGAAAUAGGCUUCAGAAAAAAAUCGGUUCUCCCUGACAUCAUGGUAUCACUGCUGUGCUGUGGGCCUAAAUUGGCCGCCUGCGGGAUCGUCCUCAGCAUCUGGGGAAUUAUUAUGCUGGUGCUGAUGGGUAUCUUCUUCAACGUUCACUCAGCAGUGUUAAUAGAAGAUGUUCCUUUCACUGAAGAAGUCUUUGAAGAUUCAAAGCCACCUAGUAAGAUGUACAAGCUGUAUGAACAAGUCAGCUACAACUGUUUUAUUGCUGCUGCACUUUACGUCUUUGUUGGAGGAUUCUUUUGCCAAAUGCAGAUGCACAAACGUAGAGAAUACAUGGUUCGCUGAAAUUCCUGCAUAUACCGUUACAAGGAAAACUUUGCAUCAUAAUUUAAUCAUUUGAAAUUCUUUAUUUCUUGUAUGUUAUCAAGAAACUGCCAUCUGGAAGGCUCCAAUUUAACUAUUUUUUUCUCCUGCACUGUUUCUCAAAGUUCAGUUCUGUGUAAUAUUCUAAAGAUAAAUAUUUGUAAAGUGUAAAUAUAUUUCCUAUAAUGAAUUGAACUAUGUGAUGAUUUUUUUUUUUUUUUUACUGUUGUGAACUUUUUCUUAAGUUGCUUUGUAUUACUUUCAUGGUUAACUAACAAUAUCCAAUACAAAUAUUCACCAUUCUUCCCUAUUUUUCCUGUCUGUAGUUUUAUUCAAGUUGUUCUUAUUAAACCUUUACUGUUGCUUUUCAA